AUGGGAGGAUACGGAGGAGCGAUCGGAAUCGGGUUCGAGCUGGCCAGGGAGGCAAUUGCCAGAGGUGCUGCGGCAGUGUCCCUCAUUGAUAUUGCAGAUUGCUCUAAAGCAGUAUUGGCGCUGCGAGACGAGGCGGCGGACGGUGUCUCAGCCGUAUUCAGGGCGAAGAUUGCAUCUUUCAAGGCUGACGUAUCCAAUUUCGACGAGAUCUCAAAGGCGAUAGCGGACUGCGAAGCAGCCCAGGGGCCCCUGGACAUCAUAAUCGCCAAUGCGGGCAUUGGACCAUGCGGCAUGUUCUUGGAGGAGGCGGGGGUAGCACACUGGGAGAAGGUGAUGCGAAUCAACUUCAUGGGCGUUGUGUGCACGCUCAAGGCAGCACUGCCGGGCAUGGUGUCGCGCAACAAGGGCCGUGUCAUUGUCACCAACUCCUCUGGCGGCUUCAUGGGAGCUGCUGGCAUCUCCGCAUACUGCGGGUCCAAAUUUGCUGUGCGAGGCUUCCUGGACUCACUCAGACUCGAGCUCAUCCACACCGAUGUGUGCGUGCACAUGGCCUGCCCGGGAUUUGUCAACACCACCAUGAUCCGCCAGGCACAGAAGGAGGCGGUGGCAAGGUACACGUGGAGGGGCGUGGAAAGGGGCCAGUAUGUGAUAGGUUCCCCGGACACCGGGGGAAAUAUGCUGAUUGGCAGCAGCCUGGCAGCUUCCAGCGCGCGUUAUUACCCCGCCUCGCUGGAGUUUUUCCUCGCGCCCCUCUUUGUGCUGCUGCACACGAUCAUCCGCAGGGCAGUCGAGGCUUCCACCAGAAAGGUCCUGACUGCUGCGGAGUUGCAGCUGCCGCUGAGCAGCGCAAAAAGCGAUGCCAUGGGCAGCAAGGAUGAGUGA